AAUAAAAUUAUAAUGUUGCUUGGAACUAUGUUUGGCAGAACAACUCAAUGACAAGACAUGACAGACAUGAAAACCUGACAUAUAUUACCUCAUAAAGUUUUUAUGGUUAACGUUAAACAUGCCUAAACAUGUAGGGUUGUUAUUCAGUUGGUGUUGGGUUUAUAUCCACCUGAUGAAUGUGGAUCCAAUAUUCACUCUUCUUUUAGCUCUGUUUUGGUCUCCACCAACCCCUAUAAUUAAUAUCUGGUUCUUGAUCUGCUAAACUUUUUACUUUCCUCACCAGAUACUCAGUACCUUUAUCUGAAAACAGAUACCUGCUGCUGCUGGAAACGGGUUUGAUGAGAGCACUGUGUCUGAAAUAUACAGUAAAUGUGCCAUAAAACCAAAACAAUGAGCAAAAGAAGCUAAAAAUCUCUGCAAUCCAGCAGAGUUUGAUAGGUUCCACAUUACACAUAGUCAUUGGAUUCAUCGUUGACGUCACACAUAUUGAUUAGAGGAGCUUUGAGCUGUCCAGCACAUAGAUGUUUAGGUGAAUGGACGUCCUGAUGUGUUACCAUCUCACCCUGCCUUUUUAAGCUCAUUACAUGAAAACAUGUUAUCAAUUUCUCUUCAUUCUUGGCCCCAAAUUGCAGCGUUAUUCAGCUUAAACAUCCAACGACAACAGCGAAGACUGUCUAUACAAACCCUGCCACUUCCCAUUGACUCUUGCCAUUACUCAACCUUCAGAUAAGCAUCACCAGUCAAGAUAAGCACAGAUAAAGAUGGCGAAGGACAUUAUUCAACAGUGUGAAUAAUUGAAGAGCCUGUAGUCAAUUUCCGGAAAAAGAAGAGGAACACCGUAGCGGUGACUGUCCUUAUCGGUGGCGGAGUGGGCCUCUACCCCUGACAAAGACAUCUGCUUCGUUGCAGUGCUCACGCUGGGUGAAAGAGGACAGGUUGGGGCGUCCAUCAUCCAUGCAGAAAGGACAGAGGAACCUUUAAGUCAGCAGGAUCCAUUGUUCAGUGAAGACAUAACGUGGGAGGAGUGGACCAAACCAGAGCUACGUCAACACCAGUGAACAUGGGACAUUUAACAUUCAACAGUCGUCAAAGAAACAUGUCCGAUGGGAUGCUCAUAUUUCUCUCUGUCUGCUGGUUGUGCAGGUAACACAUGUCAAAAUGGCCUCAUGCCUGCCCUGAUGCGUCCCACCCUGCCUGCUGUCCAGACCUCACUGGGCAUGAAGCAGUUUCUCCCGUUUCCAUUGGAUACGGCUUCAGCGGUCAGCCUCUUCCCAGGAUUCAACACUAUGGACCCGGUGCAGAAAGCCGUCCUCCAUCACACCCUCGGCCUCCCUCCCACCGCCAAGAGGAAGCACGUCUCCUGCAGCGUUUGCCAGCUGAGGUUCAACUCACAGAGCCAGGCCUUGGCCCACUACAAGGGGACCAAACAUGCCAAGAAGCUAAAAGCCCUGGAUGCUCCGAAGAGUAAGCUCAAAGGCUCAGUGGUCACCAAGGAAACCGCGAACCAGGAGAUCGCCAAGGGCAUCAACACCUCGCAGGUCCCCAACGGUACCGACAGGAAAGAUGGCGUUCCUGGAGCAGCGCCCCUACCGCUAUCCCCUGUCCUCAGACCGGCACAACCCCUGCCGUCCUUGGUGACCCUUACAACGCCAACGCCGGCACCUGUGACCUCGCCGUUAGUGCUGAGCACCACGGCAGCUACAGCCCCAGAGACUACCUCAGCUGCUGGAGGGGACGAGAGGUCGUCUCAGCUAAACUCACCCUCAGAACCAGACCUGGAGCUCGAAGCCGAACCUGAAACGGAGACGGACGCGGAAACGGAGGAGGAGAAAGCUCGACGUCUUCUGUACUGCUCGCUUUGCAAAGUGGCGGUCAACUCGGCGUCGCAGCUGGAAGCUCACAACAGCGGUACGAAGCACAAGACGAUGCUCGAGGCCAGGAGCGGCGUGGGCUCCAUCAAGUCCUUCCCCCGACCCGGAGUCAAAAGCAAACUGGCUACAUCCACCAAAUCGUCAACGGGCCUGCAGAACAAAACGUUUUACUGUGAGACGUGUGAUGUGCAUGUCAACUCAGAGACUCAGCUAAAGCAGCACAUCAGCAGCCGGCGUCAUAAAGACCGUGCAGCAGGUAAACCAGCCAAACCUAAAUACAGCCCCUACAGCAAACCACAGAAAGGCCAGACCAAGCAGCCGAUAAAGUUGACCCUGGGUAAAGAGCGGCAGUGCCAGCCUCUGACCGCCCAGAUCAUACCUGCUCAUCUGGCAGCUGUGGCAGCAGCUGCCGCCGCCGCCAUCGGUAACACUUUCACGCACCGCACGAACCCCGCCACUAACCACACCCCGACCCCUGCCCUCUUCCAGACACAGACCCUCCCCGCUGCACUGCUCCGCCCGGCCCCUGGGCCUGUCAGGACCUCCCAUCCACAAGUCCUAUUUGCCCCUUAUUGACCUGUUUGACCCAUCAAAGACCAAUCCAUGUGCUUCACCCAGACCAGGCCAAGGAGUUGUGUCAGCAUCUGUACUCCUUCUAUGCAUCCGGGAUACUGAACAUUUUCAUGCCGCGAUCAGACCGUCCGUCACCACUUCUCACCUCUCCUUGUAUGGAUUAUCCUACAUUUAAAGCUAAAUCGGACUGCAGAGAAGCAUCCCUCAUGAUGGAUUUAUUUCUCUAAUUCCACUUAAAACCUGGGCUAUACAUGCUUUCCGUGCUGUGUUGCAGCUCAUAUCUCAUAACCCGGACCAUGGACCUGCAUCGUACCGCAAUAAUGUAUAACACAAACCCUGUGAACUAUGCAGUGUCAUUAUUUCAUCAUGCAAGGCACAGUUUGAGCUAAAAAUACGGUAGGGAUAUGCUUUUUGUAAAGAUACAGCGUGGCAGUAAGAUCAUUGCUUUAGUGGAGGAUUACUGUUGCUCAUAAUUUAAAAGGCUGUUACUGAUCAUAAGAGUGAGCAAGGCCCUCCUCUGUUCCUGUAUGCACUUUAAGCCCCUCCUCUGUUGAUGUCUACAUUAGAUGGCUAGACUGUGUUAGAUGGUUAGAGUACGUGUCGUAAUGUGUGUUUUUGUAUUCGUCCUUGCAUAUCUGUAUGUGUGUGAGAGUUCUGCAUGUGUGCGUUUGCUUGUUCAUGUGUGUACGAGUGUGUGUAUUUGGAUGUGUGUAUGAGUGUGUGUGUGUGUGUGUGUUUGUGUGUACGUGUGAGCUUUCCAUCCACCAUAAGCCAUCCUAGUUGAUAUCCAGCACACAUUGUCACUGACCAUGUUUCGGGCCAGAGGGACCACAAAGGCUUGUGUAUAUUACCUGUCAGUGUGUAAAAGGUGAAUAAUUUCAAAUAAAAA